UCUGCGUGCAGCCCUACGUGCCGAUAGAGAAGCUCUAGAAUUUUCAGAUCGCCUUUAAACCUAGACAGACGCAGGCGCCAUGAGCACCGUCGUCAGCUUGCCGGAGAAGCGACAAGAUCUCGGCCAGGAGAAGCGUCCGAAGCUUGAUGAUCCACAACUGGGAGAGGUCAACAAUACUGCAAUGGAAUUGCAAAUCAGUAGCAAAUCAGAAGAAGUGAAGUCAGCAGAAGAAGCGAAGUCCGCAGAAGAAGCGAAGUCUGCUGGAGGCUCUCCAACUCAUACCCAAGGAAAGUUUCUUCAGUAUUGUGAGAUCUGUGGUGGCCAUGUCGGUCACAAAUGCUGGGAUUGCCCAGACAAAUCAAAGGGAAUGGGAAUGGGUUGUCAUGAAUGUUGCUGCCCCUGUAAAAAGAAUGUCGAUGAUGAUGAUGAUGGUGUUGAGCACUGGUCUAUUGAAAUGGUCAAAUAUUGUAUCAUUUGUGGGGGUAUGGGUAAACACUGGGGUGAUGACUGCCCCUUUCGGUCAAAUGCUAAAGUGGACAAUUCCAAGUUAAGUGAAGAUGAGGAUAGUUUCUUUUAGAGGAUCACAGGACUCCUGCUGGCUAGAGAUGUUAUAUGUGUUGUAGAUCCUGAUCUCAGGCUCGAUUAUUAAUCUGGUAUUCAAAGCUUUUUUGCUGUGGUUGUCUGCAAAGUACCAAUUUCUUAUUUGCUGCUUCUUCCUCUACGACUUGCUUCUUUUUUCUUUUCUUUUUCUUUUUUCCCCGGUGUGCACUUCUAGUUAGCCAUGGUAGUGUUGCGUGUUCCUUUUCUUGUCAUCAUUUUUUAGUUAGCUCAGGCUGCAUCCUUUCAGCUAAAGAUGAUAAUUAAUUUUCAAGACAUUUAUUUUCUGAAGUUUUCUAGACAAUCUAAGCAAGGUAAAUGAUAUUAAAAAUUUGAGAACUUAUAGAACUCCUGUUGUCUCAAAGCAGGGGGUCAAGAGGCUCUGCCAUCUAAGGGCGUGCCACUGAUUACAGUUGAAAGUGUUGCCCUUUAGUGCGUGGCCUCACUUAGGUCAGUUUCACAUUUAAUGUAUUGGCCUUUAUUCUCAUGUGGCAUUUGCUAUGCUACAUUAUGGAUUUUUUAGUUGGUUGAACUUUCUUGUGAAGUUACACCAUGGUCUGUUAUGGUUCCACCUUAGAUUGACCGGUAUAUUGCUAGAGAAAUUCUCCUGUUGUCAUUGUAGUAAGGUGACCA